AUGAUUUAUCGUCUCCUUUCACGCGACUCAUCGAGUGAAAAGUCACCCGAUCCAGAAACCGGCCACCAGAUGAGCAACCGAUUAUCCUUUGUUACAUACUACCUUCUACACCCGAGCACCCAAAUUACCAUCCUGCUGAUGAUUCUCUUCCUGAGUCUGUUGAAUCUGCCCAUGUCAAUCAAGCAACUUGAUCGAAGCUCAUGUGUCGCCAAAUCCGACGCGGAAGACACAUUCGCCACAACGUUCACACAAGAUAAAGCGUUCCAGUCACUUGAUCAUGCGUAUGAUCACUUAUGGGCAGACCUAUCGCUCAAUAAGUCUACGGGUGGUCUCAUAUACCUGUCCAAGGGUGGGAAUAAGUGGGAUCAAGGUGGCAUUAGCAUGUUCCAUCAGUUACACUGCCUCACGAUGAUGCGCCAAGCCCUGCAGUCUGCAAGUGAGGGUCAGGAUAUCGGUAAAGACUGGCAUGACGAUGGCCACUGGCCACACUGUAUGGAUUACUUGGUCAAGAACAUUUUCCAAGGGGCCAUCAAGGAUGAGCUGGUCGCCGAGGUCUCUGCAUCGCCGCAGUCGCGCCACGACCGAUAA